CAAUUGGGUACUUUCCCAUCUGAAUGUCUUCACAAGUUAUUCAUGGCGGAAACCAAACGUGUAUGGGAGAUAGUGGCACAAAAAAGAGUGGGAUUUAUUUAGGUUUUUGGUGAAAUGACAAUGCCGCAUGUGAACUCUGGCGGCUCAGAAGACUUCUUUUCAAAUGACGAAGUGAAAGUGUAUAAAGAUGAAGGUGAAGAGGAAAAGAGAUCAUCUGAAAAUUUAUCCGAAGACAAAUUAGGCUUAGUAACGGAAACCGAAGAGGGUAAAAAUGGUAGUUUGGGGAACGGAUACGACGGUGACAAAACAGAAAACGGGCGAGAAGAUGGAAAACCUCCAGUACAAGACAGAAAUGCAGGACCUUUUGGUUAUGGAAUGCCUUCUUAUCCCCCAUACUCAAACGGAUCUCCUGGUCUUGGCAGCAAGUUUCAGCCGCCUUUGGCGGGAUUGAUGAUGUACAAUAAUGAACAUUUUGCACAACCCCCACCCGCACAUAUGGGCAUCCCUCCAGUUCAUAUAGACCCUAAAUCUGGUUUACCCAGACCCCCUGUGUACCCCUAUCCUGGUUCUGGUCAGUUUCCUCCUAGUCUUUAUGGACCAGACAUACCAGUGCAAUGGCAAAGACCUCCAGGGUAUCCUAUUACCUCAGGUGCCUUUUCUGGGCCUUACCCACCCUCAUUAUCUAGUUCAUCAUUUAGAUUUGGUCCACCAGGACUGUUUCAUCCUCAUCAUGGUUUACAUCAUCCAGGCAUGCCUCAUCCAGCCUUAAUGUCACCCGGACCAAAACAGGAGCCACAAGAUAAUCAUAGGAAUAUGCACGAUCAAGGCCCACCAGAAGAAACCGCAGCCCAGAAGAAAAAAAAUCAUAUUAAAAAACCUUUAAAUGCCUUUAUGUUAUUUAUGAAAGAACAAAGGGCAAAGGUUGUAGCAGAAUGUACUUUAAAAGAAUCGGCAGCAAUUAACCAAAUUUUAGGGAGAAAGUGGCAUGCCUUAGAUAGAUCUGAACAAGCCAAAUAUUACGAGAUGGCACGGAAAGAAAAGGAACUUCAUCUGCAGCUUUAUCCUGGUUGGAGUGCUCGAGACAACUACGCAGUUCAUACAAAAAAGAAACGGAAAAAGAAAGAUAUCCAUGGUGGAGAAAACAAAGGCUGCUCGCCCAUAAGUCAUAAAAUGAAAUUGAUGUGGCCAAAGGAUGGACAGGAAAGUUAUUCUCCUCAAGAUAUGUGGGUAUCAGAUUGUUCCAGUGCAAAGAAAUGUAGAGCCCGGUAUGGUGUAGAACAACAGAAUCAGUGGUGCAAGCCUUGUCGACGGAAGAAGAAAUGUAUAAGGUAUUUGAUGGGUGAUGAAGGAGGAGAAACAGAUGGAGAUGAAGGCCACAUUAGUGACAGCAAUCGUACUGGAUCAUUGCAUGACAGUGAUUCAAUGACUGGUAGUCCCAUGCAUUCGGUUACGAGUGACGAUGCCUUUUCUACACCAUCCAAGUCUUUCUACCGACAUUCUCCUUCGCCUUUAGGUGUAGGAAAUUCGGACCUUGACUUUACGUUAAAAAGCGAUCAUACUCAUAUUGACAUUGAAUCAGGGGAGAUUGAUGUGUGUUCACAAGAUAAUGACUUGAAUAUGACACUCACAUCAAGUCCGCUGAAAUCCUCGCCAUAUCGUAAUCACAUACCGGUCACAUAAAGGGAUCAAUCUUCAUUCACCUAUUUGUACAUAAUAUAGACAGUGAUUCUGUACAGCAUAAUAAAGAUCUCCAAUUUCACCUCAUUAGUUGUGAUCAAAAGUACACAAAACAUGUAUGGGAUGUGUUCAGUUUAUCAUCGUGUUGGUGUGCGCCAAAGGACGCUUUGCCAACAUUUCUUGUGCCGUCUGUGAUGUCAACAAAUAUCUUCAUUUGUACCUCAAAUUAGUUUUGGCAAUUAGUAUACCUCUUUUUAAGAGGUUUAAUCUACUGGUUAUUACUUACUAAAUGGCAUUUUGCCCCAAAAAUUUUUUGUUGUACUUGUAGUUUCAAAAUUAGUUUUUAAUUCCAAUACAAUUUUUUGUCUCAAAAUGAAUUCAGGAGCACCUGUUAAUAAACCUAAAUUGACUUAAUAAUUUUUAUUUGAAAUUUAGAAUUAAAAUUCAUUUUUUUUAGAUUUAAUUUGGAUGAUGAAUUAAAAAAAAAAUCUGUUGCAAACUGGGUUAUUCGAUUUAUAACUGAGUAGAAUAAAAAGAUGUCUUUAAUUAAAAAAAUUUGUUCAUUAAAAUGAAGGUGCCAGUUGUGUGUUCCACUUCAUGCCAUUUUUAUAGAAAAUCUGGUUGUAUUACAAAUAUUUUAUGUUUUGAAAACAAAUUAUUCUUGUUAUGUAAUGUUAACUUGGAGAAUUAAUUGUAUUUGAAAAUUUGUAUUUUAGUAUUGAUUUUUUUAUGAUGAAAUCUACAAUUGAAAUAUUUUACUUAUCACAUUUUCAUUGUUUUUGUUUUUUUAAUGUCCAGUGUUAUGUUUGAAGAAAAGUUUAUAUGAAUAUAGAAUAUAGAGUAUAUAUAAUAUUUCAUCCGGUUAAAAACAAAAAGUUACGAGUGACCAGCUUAGUACUCUUUUAUAUGAUCUUACUCUUCGAAGAAUUUUUGAAAGGCAAAUUUUAAACUUAAGAUUCUUUUUAAGUAAUGAAUUUUAUUUUUAAAUAUUUAAAUGAUUAUUAUUAUUAUACUGCCUUAUAAAGUCAAAAAUCUUAAUUGGUUGUAUAGAAUUUAAAGUCUAAAUAAACUGUAGUUAAAAUAAACUGGUCAAAUAUUGUUGUUAUAUAUAACUUAGGAGAUACUGGACUACACAAGAAUUGCAAUGUGGUAUAAGCUGCCCAUUUAUAAUUGGUGCAAAUUUUUUACAUUUAUUUUAAGGGAUCUAAGAUCAUUGAUAUAUAUUUAUUUGUAAAGAGCUUUUGUGUGUGUAUUUGUCUCACAAUACAGAUAUAUAUUUGUAAACUAGUCCUGCCUUAGUGAAUAUUCAUUUUAAAUAUUUGGAUAUCUUUUUUUUUAAGUUGCUAUAAGGGAGAUAAUUUCAGACAUUGUGCCAUACCAUUUUGCAAAAGCACUUUACCGUAAUUGAUGGUAUACAACGAAAACGAAUAAAAUAAUUUUAAUUGAUAUAGAGUUAAAUAACUGGUGCAUCCAUCAAAGACCAGACAAUUUAUUGUAUACAAUUUACCAUUCACACAAAAUAUUUUUUACACCAUUGUUAGGUUAUAAGAUCUGUUUAUUUGCUCCUAGAGAGUAAUGGGAUUGUUUAAGCUAAAAUUAAAGUAAGUUAUACGCCUAUUAGUAAUUUUCCCUGAAUUUUGACUUGAUGCCUUCUACAAUAUUCCAUUUUAUUCAUGGAACAAUUAAAUACGCAUAUGUCUUUAGCCCUUACCAUACUUAAAAGGACAAGGUAUUAUUUAUACUGACAAUUUUCUUUGAUAACAUUCCAUCUUCUGAUUACUUCCCCUUGUUUGUACAAAUUAUAAAUGUAUUGUGAUUCAGAUCAUAGUGUAUAAAUGUGAAUCAGUGUGUGAUUCUGAUGUGUGUAUGUGUAUGAUGAAAUGAGAAGGAUGAACAUGAUUGAUGUAAUAUUUUGCUCCUACAUUUAUAAAUGAUGUUAGAGUGUUUUCUAGAAUAUAGAUUUAUUUUUGAUCCGUUCUCCAUCAAAUGGUCACAUACUGUUAGGAUAUAGACGUAACAGUAUGGGAGCUCAUAAUGUGCAUGAAUGUAAAUUUUCAGAAAAUAUUGAUGUGAAUUGAGUAUCAUGUGCCUAAUUAUUAUAAUUAAUUAUCGUUGUUCAAAUAAUAUUAUUGAAGGAGAUUAAAUGUGGCUUUUUCUAUUUAUUUCCGAUUUUAAAAAUCUUUAUCAAUGAUUUCAACCUAAAAAUUUUCAUUUUUUUUUUAAUUUGUAUAAUAGACAAAAACCUUUAACUUUUAUUUAAAAGUAGCCGCAGAACAAAAAUGGAGAUUUAUUGAUUUUAUCCAUUUCAAAAUUUUAUUUUAUUCCAUGAAGUAUAUUUCAAACAUUUUCCUAAUAAUUGUUGCCAAUGAUUUUAUUUUUAACGUCAACAAAAUUAAAUUUAGCAUUGUUUUUGUUUCUGUUGCAUUUUUUUUUAGAGAACUUUAUAUUCAAACAUUUUAUUAAAUAAGUAGUUAUUACUUAUUAUUUUUUUUAUUGUUCUACAAAUCUACAAAACAAUUGACAGACAAUUAAGAUCCCUCUGACGGAAGUUAGAUAGAUGUGUCAUGUGUUAACUUACAAAAUGGAGACAUGUAUAAGAACAUUUUCAGCCAUUGUUCAUAUUAUUUAUGUUUCACGCUUUAUUGUGUAUGUUCUUCAUGUGUUAUAGUGCUAAUUUCAGGGAUUCCUGAUCAAAUGUAUAGCGUGCACUGCCAAUACAUUAUUUAUAUCAUGCUUUGUAUUUAUUUUAUACACUGUAAUAUCAUUUUCUUGCAUUGUAAAGCAAUUUUCAGCUUGUUUUCUGGGACUGCCUACUUAUUGUAUCCAACCUGCAUCAGCAAUUUCAUUUUGAAUGAAUAUUUAAUAAUUAUGUGACUUCAAUUCAAUUUAAAACUACUUGGUAUUUAUUUCCCAAGAUGCAAAAAAAUUACUUUAUUUUGAAACAAUCCCUACUUCAAUAUAUUAUGUCAUCCAUUGUUGUAUGGAUGUAAAAGAUAACUUUAAUACAAAAGAUAACACAUUAAAAAUGGAGAAGAAAGUAAACAUAAGUGAAAUAAUUACAGAAAGUUCUUUAGAAUUUAAAUGGAAGGCAAUUUGUCAGCUUCAGUAUCAAUAAAUGGGAUCAAAAUUUAUAAAAGUGAACAUUGUUUCUGCUUAUUUAGUUUUCAGAUUGGAAUGUUGUAUUAUAUCAUGAUUCUGUAUGUAUUGUAUUGUCACAAGCAUAUCAGAUAUCAAAUUAAAAAUUGAAAAUGGAAGUGUAAAUUUAGCCUAUAACACUUAAUCCUGGAUGCAUUUCUAUAAGCAAUCCUAAAUGAUAAAUCUUUAAGGUUACAUUUUAUUUGUAUAUAAUAUUUACUAUAUUUAACCUCAUUAUUGGCUUCUGAGCAUUUCAACCCUUAACUUUUGUGAAAGAGAUUAUUUCAUUGUAUAAUCUUUCAGAAGUUAUCUUGAAACUUUUUUUAGGAACAGCUAUUAUUUUUACUGCAAAGUUCUGUAUUUUCAAAUUCUGAUGUAUUUUUAUUUAAAGAUAAAAAUGGAAAAUGGAUAAUUUGAAAAAAAAGAAUUAGUGCAUUUAAGUUCCAAAUAACUUACUUAAUUAUCUGUAAUAUUGAUAAAAAGUUCCAAACUGAAAACAUUUAUCUUAACUGUAACCCAGACUAAAAACACAAUCCAUGUAUAGUAAGAAAUCUUGCUUCAUUUCCCACCUUGCAAUUUUGUUUUGUUUAUUCAUGUUUUUGCCCCCAUUAAUAUAUAAGUUGCACAUUAUUUGUGUACAAAAUACACAUGUUAAUUUACAAUGAAUUUUAAGCGGGUCUUUAUUUUCUUAUGGUGCUUUAUUUAGAUUAAGCAAUGGCUGAAAUGUUCUUUGACAUGUCUUGUGGACUAUAAUUUUACUGUGUAUUUUCUAUGUUACAGCAUUCUUGUUUCUGUAAUAAACCUCAGUUAAAUACGUA